CUCCGUCGGUGUGACGGCGGCGCGCACCCCCGCCCGCUCCCGCGACGCAGCUCCUCCCCGAGCGCACAGAUGCUGGAGCGCACAGCAGAGGCGCGCUCAUCUCGGGACGGAACGCUUCGCAGAGCCGAGCCGAGCCGAGCCGAGCCGAGAGGAGAGAUCGCCCGGGUUGCGUCCGUCCGUCACGGAGCCUCCGACCGCGGGGAGCGAUGCUCGUAGCGACUCCCUCCGCGGGCAGCAGGACUUAAAACGCCGCGUGCCUCCGUUCCGACACUUUCCCUCUUCUUCCCAUUCGAACGAGCGGAGACCAGAGUCCGGGCGCCCUCAUCCUCAUCGAACUCCGGCGCCGCGUUAACUGGACACGAUGUGGACGUCCGGGAUGCUGAUGCUGCCGCUGCUGAUGCUGAUGCUGCUGGUUCCGUCGGCGUCCGGGGAACUCCAGCAGGAGACGGAGCCGCGCAGGCUCCCGCCGCCGGGAAAGUUGGAUUUCGGUUACGUGCCGGCGGGAGUCUACGAGACGCUGGCCCAUUACGAACCGGGGCCGAUCGGGAUUCUGUUCCACAUGCUGCACACCUUCCUGUGCGUGGUGCAGCCCAACGCCUUCCCACACGAGCUUAUUGUGAAACUGGCAAAGGACAAGUUUGGAGCCAUUCAGACUGAAUAUCAAAAGCCAGAGAACAUAGUGCUGACCCUCCAGGCCAUCUACUACGAGAUAGGCUUCCUCGUAUGUGCAGCAGUGGGCCUGCUAUUUGCUGUCCUGUUGCCAAUAGUGGGCCUCUUCUUCUGCAUGUGCCGCUGCUGUGACAACUGUGGAGGGGAGAUGCACCAGCGUCAGAGGAAGAACGCAGACUGCCAGCGUGGCCUGUUGGGAACGCUGCUGUUUUCCACCUCACUGGUCAUCACGAUUGGGGUUCUGUGUGCAUACGCCGCAAACCAGAACCUCAGCUCACAAGUGAAGAACAUCCGCAGACUGGUUAACAGCAACAUGAGAGACCUGCACACGUUUGUUAAUGACACACCACUGCAAAUUGAUUACCUAAUAUCCCAAUACACCACGGCCAAGAAAAAAGUCAACUAUGACCUAAAUAAUAUUGGUCCGCUACUAGGUGGAAGGAUACACGAGCAGUUAGACAAGGAGGUCCAUCCUGCCCUGGACAGAGUGCUCAAUAUGGCUGGAGUGAAAAUCGAGAGAGCUAUCAAAGCCAUGCGAGAAACCAAAGAAGCCCUAGAGAAUGUCAGUGUGUCCCUGGAAGUGCUCCAGGUGGGAACAGGAAAACUCAACUUCAACCUGAGCCUCGUCCGGACCAAUAUCAACCGUACACUCAAUGACCCAGGCUGCCACGAUGAAGAGUCAGACGCUACUACUGCCCAACUGUGCCACAACAUCCGCCAGUCACUGUCCCAGCUGCAGAUUGGUGCUAACUUCACAAGGCUGCCAAAGGUGAAUCCUCAGCUGGAUAAGAUGAGCAAUGUGUUAAAAACAGAUCUCAGCACUGUCGUCCAGAAGGGUUAUGCCUCAUUAAAUGACACGCCACACAUGGUGACUGACCAGACCAGAAAUGUUGUGGAGAGCGUACAGAAUCUGGUGGAUGGCAUUGGAAAUAACAUCACCAGCUUUUCAAAGGCAUUCCCAGUGCAGAAAAGCCUGUCUGAUUUCACCAUCUCUAUUAACCACGCUCAUGCCAAGAUUGAGGACUACUACCCUGAAAUUGACAAAAUGGACUUCUACAGAUGGAUUGGCUGUAUUGCUCUUUGCUGUAUGGUGGUUCUGGUCCUGGCCUUCAAUUAUCUUGGUUUGCUGUGUGGCACCCUGGGAUAUGACAAGCAUGCUUCACCUACGACACGAGGUUGCAUCUCCAAUACAGGAGGAACAAUGCUGAUGGCUGGUGUUGGAUUUAGCUUCAUCUUCUCUGGGGUCCAGAUGAUAGUGGUAACAACCUUAUUCCUGGUUGGAGGAAACAUGGAGAAACUCGUUUGUGAACCUUACCACACCAAAGAGCUCUUCAAGGUUAUAGACACCCCAUAUAUGGUCAACUCAGAGUGGAAAAACUUCAUCCCUGGCUACAUCUACAAUGACUCAGAAAUGGAUCUGACAGUAGACAGCUUGUACAGCACUUGCAAAGAAAACAAAGGCAUCUAUUCUGCUAUGCGUCUAGACAAGGUCUUCAACAUCUCCUCUUUCCUGAACACCACUGUGUUUACCAAGGAUGUGGUGGGUCAGCUGAACAGUGUUAAGAUUGAUCUUAGAGGAAUAAUCCUGUUAGAGUCUGAGGGGAAGCAGAACCUCCAGGAUUUCUCUGACGCAGGGCUGUCAGAAAUCAACUAUGCCGACUAUCUAGAAGAGGUUAAUAAAGGAGUCACCAUGGUGGACCUGCUUGCAUUUGCUAGAGAACUGGAGGCACAGACAGACCUCAUGCCGAGAAGUCCUCUGCAGACUGCUUUGAAAGGCCACAUUGGCACCCUGCGGCAGAUCCACAGCCAACAGAUCAUCCCCAUGGAGCAAGCAACGAAAUAUGUUAGAGCGAGGGGUGCGCUGAAUCAGAGCAUGAGGUUCCUGGAGAGAACAGCUUCAGACCUGCCAAACAAAGUCUUAGAGGUCCUCGAUGCUGUUGACACAGCCCAGAAUCUCAUCUCACGCAAUGCUACGUAUCUAAUUAACCGGGAAACAGGGAAAUACACAGCGACUAUAGUGGGCUACUUCCAUCAAUACAUAGAAUGGGUCAAAACAUCGCUUGCCCUGGAGGUGGCGCCGUGCAAGCCCUUCAGCAACAUGCUGGACACGGCCGAGAUCAUCACGUGCAGCUUCCUGGUGGACUCCAUGAACGCUUUCUGGAUGGGCCUGGGCUGCAGCACGCUCUUCCUGCUCCCAAGCAUCAUCCUGGCAGUGAAAUUAGCUAAGUUCUAUCGCAGGAUGGACACAGAGGACGUUUACGAUGAUUCCUCUGUUUCUGGGACUUGGCAUUUCACGUUGUGAUAACCAUUUCUACUAUUUCCAUCUUAUUUCCAUGUUAUUCUUUGGGUUUCAUUCCUGUCUGUCAUGCACUUGGCACUUUAACAAGGACCGACGCAUGUGUCAUAGUACUGUUUGACGUACAAUAGCUCCAACCUUUUGUUAACCUCGUUCUGAGAUCAGCUGGUGGCGUCUGGUGCCGGGUUACAGGCAGCUUUCUGGUGCAUUUCUAUAGCUGAACGUCGGUAACUCUCCUCUUUUUUUAUCUUCUAUCUGUAUAGCAAUGACACAGUUCCCAUGAAAACGUAAGACAUUUACUCGACUCACUCCUUAUUCCAACUCAUCACUCUGCUCCUCUCUGGAUCUUGUACAUAGAACUGUUUACUAAAUUCUUGGUGCUGGUUUACGUGUUUAAGCUUGGACUUGCUCUUAUGGGUGGAUGCUGUGGCUUCGUGUCGUGUGCUACCUUUGAAAAGUGUCCCUUACCUUCACGAAGGGCUCUUGCAAUCAUUUUCUCAUAAAGCCACCGUUUUUGUAAGUUGUGGUGUAAAUAAAACAUGUCAGGUGUAUACUGAAACGUUCUCUUCUAACACACUUACAAAGUUUGGCUACUGAAAGCAGACGUCUGAGCAGCAUGCCAUGUCUCUCACAUUGCAUUUUUUGUACAAAAUACUUUGUUUUCAGUAUGGAAAUUGGUAAUAAUGGUUAUCAUAGUGAGCAAUCACAAGGUAUCCCGAACCCUACGAUGACAAGGUAAAUAUAAUCCCUCCGCGUGCAUGUGGUGUGGGGUGGAGGCACGCCUGGGGAGGUGGACUCAAUGCAUGGCUUCCAGGGAGUUGAUUCAUUUUGCAAACAUGCAUUUCUGGAGGAGGAUGUGGAAGCUGAGAAAACAUCCAAAACGACCAAUAAACUUUUAGCACUGUGUUCAAUUUGAGGCUUCAUACAUUUUUCCUUUCAGAAUGACCGUUAUUAUUUUCACUGUCUUGUUCCAAAUGUUGGGCUGCAUGGUUUUGGGGAAUCUGCCCUGUCACUAACCUACACGCAUGCUCCGUGUGUGCACUGGGAUGCGGGUGUGAUGUGAAACUCUUCCUGUUUCCUGUUAUUUAGACUCAACCAGAGUCCGAUGAAUAUACACCUGAUCAUAUUGUUCAGAGAGAGGCAAGCAUGUUACGCUUCAGUGUGACCCUGACAGCGCUGCUCCUUUCAUUUUCCCUUUUUGUCCCUGAACUAACCAGCAUAACUGCAUGUUAUAAUGUUUGCAUUUGGACCAACCGAGCUGCCGUAACACCGACUAUAGGCAGAGAGCAAAACAGGACAAUUACAGACUACAAUACCAGGAGCAAGCUGGCUUUCACCACCACAACAAUGCUUCAGGCCAUCUUUGAAACUGACAGCACAUGUUGGAAUGAAGCUCGAAAAACGCCACAAAGCUUGAGACCUAAAGGGGCAAAGUCACUGUAUCAGAAUUACUUCCUAAACAAAAGCAGGUUCCGAUAAUACCAGGUCACAGUGACGGACAGAUUAUUGGUCCUAAUAUUGGGGGUGGAGCUGUUGUGCUCUCUGCCUUCUUCAUUGUUAAACCAGAUCAUGCAGCAUCUUUGACAUGAUGAUGAGGCUGUGAAUGUCUGGAUUGUGUUGUUGAUAUUCACUUUGUGAAUGUGUGUCUCUCUGCUGGUAGCAUCCCCUCCUACGACACCGUUAACAGGUUCCCACGUGCCUCGGCUCCUCCGAGGCACAUUGACUGGUGACACAGAGCCGGCUCAUGUUCCGGCCUCUUCAAGUGACCUGGAAAACUGGAACUAAAAACACCACUAAGAACAACACAUGAAGUCCUCAACCUCCUCGACCAGGCUGGUCACAGCCGUCGUCUCCUGCCCAGUCCAAUAAACUGUGUGCAGGACAUCAGACUCUCCCUCAGCAUCAAUCUGAGCCAGACGCGCUCUGCGUUUACACUGAUCGGAACACGGAACCCAGCAGAACAUACCAUACAGAAAAACUGUGUGCGUGAAGAAGAAGCGCGGCGGCUCAAAGGUCACUUGAAGGUCACGACAAGCCGCUCAACAGGAAACGUUCUCCUGCACUGUGGAAAUAUGAUGGAAGGAUGAAGUUAGAUCAAGAGAAAUGAGAAAAGCUGCAAAAUAACAACAAAUGUCAUGUUUUUUACUGUUUUGUUGAACUUUUAACUACACCCAGAGUGAUUUGGUGGGUGCUUAGACUAAUGACGGUGGUUGCCAGGUGGAUUAUGGGUGAUGUUAGGCGUCAUCAUAGCUUUGUAAAGUUCUUUAAAGGUUUGGGGUGAAUAGAUAAUGACCGGUUGCCUUUAGGACGUCUUUCCUUCUGGCAUUUUUCACAGAUUAUGCUCCUAAAGCGAACACCUAACCUCUGGUUCUUUUACACUGUAAAUCCGGGGGAAAAACAGCUGUGAUAGAAGUGAUUUGUGAUAAUCCGACGUGCUCACAGGGUGCAGCUCUGUGGGCCCAAGCCUGUAAUAUUAAAAACAUGAACUAAGUGCAAGUGUAAGUGGAUUUGCCCUUUGAACCGUCUAAUGAUGAACCCAGAGCAUCGCUGUUGAAAGGUGCCAAGCGUUUAGAGCCUCCCGCUGCCAUGGACUGAUUAAACUCACGCCACCACGUUGAGCUCACUAACAUUUCUACUCAGAUCUUUCCUGCUUUGAUAGUUGUGAUUGUUUUAAAAUGGAGAAAUAUUUUCUCAAGCCAAAUCUGUGUUUUUUACUGCAGGUGUCAGAUCUUUAGCGAUGUUUCCUCCAUGUCCUUGUUUUGGUUUUUGCCCACAGUAGCUACGGAUACAUUAGAACUAAGGAACAAGUGAAUGUAUUCAUUUCUGAAUUUGUAUUGCUUUCUAUAUCUACUGGCUGUGAACUAUGCUGAACUCUGUGACUAAUGCUUUGGUUGUGCGACCCACUUGGCCUCCAUGUUUACAGGUUAGACUUGCAGCUGCUGUCAGUGUAGUGAGAAAGGAGACAAUCCGUUCACAGGAAAGUUGGUGCCUCAAAAGGUAGAAACACAGAAAACUGCAGGUGAUGCUGUUGAUGCACGCUGAAGCAAUUUCCAUCUUAACAUCGACGUCCAUCCUAACAUCAAAAACACAACUAAAUAACAAAUUGCUUGAUAACAACUUUUGUACCAGUGUCAGAGCUUUAAUCGAUUAGAAUUGUUACCUUUAAUUUUUCCUCUCAUAGACUUCUAUUAUUACACACAAACGUAGUGUUAAGAUGGACGUUGUUUCAGUGUCAGGACUAUCAGUGGUUUCACUGUCCACUACAGUCUGGAUGUAAAUAUCCCACCAAGGAAGAAGGAUGCUUAAAGUAGAUGCGGUGCAUCCAAACCCGGUCGACUCGGUCGGGACAGAUCCACCGGAGCGGAACCAACUGUGUAGGGAUGAAAAGGAAGUGUAUAAAUUGUGAAUAAACUUCAGCUGAUUGUUUUGA